AGCCAGCCCUCUUCACAGGAUGCAACCUUUAGGGGGGAUGCUACGCUCUUCGCGUUUGGACUGAAGCCCUUCAUCUCCCUCCAGUGUGAAGGCAGGAGACCGGGGAGAACGGAUCGGAAGGGCCUGGAGCCGGGCUGCGGAGACCCGCAACAGCCACUCCACCGGCAGCGACGAUCCAGAACCAGCCGCCCCUGCCCCACUCCUCCUCUCACUCCCUGCACCUUUUCCCUUGGGCACCUUGAUCCGAUGGAUCUCUAAAGAAGAAGACGAGGCGUCUCUUGGAAUAUAAGUUGGAAGGAGGCGACGGCGGGCGAGCCGAGCUCAAGAGCCGCGCGGAGGGGGGCGAAGGCGCCCCGGAGGUCUGGGCGGGUGGGUCGCGCGUUCGCCUACUCGGUGGUGGGGCGCCCCGUGCCAUGGCGACGAGGCGGAGAUGGUCCACAAGGUGGAAAACGAAACGGUGGUUCUGGGAUCCCGCUUUCCCCGCGCUCCUCAUCACUUGGACGCUCCUGCUGGAGGCGGCGGCGGUCAGAGGAGCUGAACCAGUAGACGUGCUCAAAGCAUUAGAGUUUCAUAAUUCACCGGAAGGAAUAUCAAAAACAGCAGGAUUUUGCGUAAACAGAAGGAAUUCCAAAGGAUCAGAUGUUGCCUACAGAGUUUCAAAAAAUGCACAACUCAGUGCUCCAACCAAACAAUUGUAUCCAGGUGGAAACUUUCCUGAAAACUUCUCAAUACUGUUUACAAUAAAACCAAAAAAAGGGACCCAGUCCUUUCUUUUAUCUGUCUACAAUGAACAAGGCAUCCAGCAAGUCGGCAUUGAGGUUGGCCGGUCACCUGUCUUCUUGUUUGAGGAUCAAAAUGGGAAGCCCGUGCCAGAAGAUUAUCCCCUUUUCAGAACGGUUAAUAUUGCUGAUGGAAAGUGGCAUCGGGUAGCCAUUAGUGUGGAGAAGAAAGCUGUUACCAUGAUUGUGGACUGCAAGAAGAAAACCACAAAACCACUUGCCAGGAGUGACCGAGCGAUUGUUGACACCAAUGGCAUCACCGUCUUUGGAACCAGAAUUCUUGAUGAGGAAGUCUUUGAGGGUGAUAUCCAGCAGCUCUUGAUUAUCGGAGAUCCCAGAGUAGCCUACGACUAUUGUGAACAUUAUAGCCCAGACUGUGAUUCCCCUGUGCCCAAUGCUCCCCAAGCUCAAGAACCUCAAGUUGAUGAGUACGCAACUGAAGAUUUAAUUGAAUAUGACUAUGACUAUGGAGAUCCAGAUUAUAAAGAUUAUAAAGAUCUUGACACUGUAACAGAGGGACCCCCACUGUACGACGAGACUGUCACACAGACUGAGGCCAAUGUUGUUGAUGAGUAUCAUGAAUAUAGUGUGGGUGAAACUGACUAUGGAACCUCGGAGGGCUACCAGACCACAACUUCUAGUCAAACGACAGGACCAAAUGAGCAAAAUCCUGUUGAAGAAGUAUUUGCUGAAGAAUACGUAACGGGAGAGGAGUAUGAUUCAGAGACUAAAAAAACUGAGGAAACAGAUUAUGGAAACAGAAGAGUAGACCACAGUGAAUCUGAAGUUGUGGUAGAUGGAGAAUUAGGCGAAUAUGAUUUUUAUGAAUAUAAAGAAUAUGAAGAGAAGCCAACCAAUCCCACUAAUGAGGAGUUUGGGCCUGGUGUUCCAGCAGAGACUGAUAUCACAGAAACAAGCGUGAAUGGCCAUGGUGUUUACGGGGAAAAAGGACAGAAGGGUGAAGCAGCCGUGAUUGAGCCUGGGAUGCUUAUUGAAGGACCGCCAGGACCUCCUGGACCUCCGGGUCUUAUGGGUCCCACAGGUACACAAGGUCCCACUGGUCCUCCUGGCGACCCUGGUGAUAGGGGCCCACCUGGACGUUCUGGUCUCCCAGGUGCUGAUGGCUUAGCUGGACCUCCAGGUACCAUGUUAAUGUUGCCGUUCCGCUUUGGUGGAGGUGGCGAGAAAGGCCCAGCAAUCUCGGCUCAGGAGGCUCAAGCGCAAGCUAUACUGCAGCAAGCCAGGAUUGCCAUGAGAGGACCACCAGGCCCUAUGGGACUCACUGGAAGACCAGGUCCUGUGGGUGGUCCUGGUGCUUCAGGUGCCAAAGGUGAGGGUGGAGACCCAGGUCCUCAGGGUCCUCGAGGUAUUCAAGGUCCAGCUGGUCUGCCUGGAAAACUUGGCAAAAGAGGUCGUCCAGGAGCAGAUGGAGCCAGAGGGAUGCCAGGAGAAUCUGGUUCCAAGGGUGACAGAGGUUUUGAUGGCCUUCCUGGUCUACCUGGUGAAAAAGGUCACAGGGGAGAUCGUGGACCACAAGGACCUCCUGGUGCUCCUGGUGAAGAUGGAAUGAGAGGGGAAGAUGGAGAGGUUGGACCAAGAGGCCUCCCAGGUGAAGCUGGUCAGCGAGGAUUACUGGGCCCAAGAGGAACACCUGGUCCACCAGGACAGCCUGGAAUCCCAGGUGUUGAUGGCCCACAAGGUCCAAAAGGAAACUUGGGCCCUCAAGGGGAACCAGGACCACCUGGCCAACAAGGAAUCCCAGGCCCACAAGGGCUUCCAGGUCCACAAGGCACAAUUGGAGUUCCUGGUGAAAAAGGACCUCAGGGCAAGCCUGGUCUUGCUGGACUUCCUGGUGCUGAUGGCCCCCCCGGCCACCCAGGCAAAGAAGGACAGUCUGGAGAGAAAGGUGCCUUGGGGCCUUCUGGUCCUCAAGGUCCAAUUGGCUAUCCUGGUCCCCGUGGAGUAAAGGGAGCUGAUGGUGUUCGUGGUCUGAAAGGUGGCAAAGGCGAAAAGGGUGAAGAUGGUUUCCCCGGGUUUAAAGGUGACAUGGGCCUUAAAGGUGACAGAGGUGAAGUUGGCCCUCUUGGUCCUCGAGGAGAAGAUGGUCCUGAAGGCCCCAAAGGACGUUCAGGCCCAACAGGAGACCCAGGUGGGUCUGGCCAAGCUGGAGAAAAGGGUAAACUUGGUGUUCCCGGAUUGCCAGGAUAUCCAGGAAGACAAGGCCCAAAGGGCUCUACUGGGUUCCCUGGGUUUUCAGGUGCCAAUGGAGAGAAAGGUGCAAGGGGCUUGCACGGCAAACCAGGCCCAAGGGGACAACGAGGACCCACAGGACCACGCGGGUCAAGGGGCGCAAGAGGCCCAACUGGCAAACCUGGCCCAAAGGGGACUGCUGGCAAUGACGGACCUCCUGGCCCACCAGGUGAAAGGGGACCACAAGGGCCUCAGGGGCCUGUCGGAUUCCCUGGACCAAAGGGACCUCCUGGUCCACCUGGGAAGGAUGGCUUGCCCGGGCACCCAGGACAGCGGGGUGAAACUGGUUUCCAAGGCAAAACUGGCCCUCCAGGCCCUGGCGGCGUUGUUGGACCUCAGGGCCCCACUGGUGAGACUGGUCCAAUUGGUGAAAGAGGUCACCCUGGCCCUCCGGGUCCACCAGGUGAACAAGGCCUUCCAGGUGCUGCUGGGAAAGAAGGUGCUAAGGGUGAUCCAGGUCCUCAAGGCAUAUCUGGAAAAGAUGGACCUGCAGGACUUCGUGGUUUCCCAGGAGAAAGAGGCCUGCCAGGAGCUCAGGGUGCAGCUGGGCUGAAAGGAGGAGAAGGUCCACAAGGUCCACCAGGUCCAGUGGGUUCACCUGGUGAACGUGGCCCAGCAGGUACCGCUGGCCCAAUUGGCUUACCAGGGCGUCCUGGCCCUCAGGGUCCUCCUGGGCCAGCGGGAGAAAAGGGAGCUCCGGGUGAAAAAGGUCCUCAGGGCCCAGCUGGACGUGAUGGAGUUCAGGGGCCCGUAGGUCUUCCUGGCCCUGCUGGUCCAGCUGGUUCUCCUGGAGAAGAUGGUGACAAGGGUGAAAUUGGAGAACCAGGUCAAAAAGGGAGUAAAGGUGACAAGGGAGAAAAUGGUCCUCCUGGACCACUAGGUCUUCAAGGUCCUGUUGGCGCUCCUGGUAUAGCUGGAGGUGAUGGAGAACACGGCCCAAGAGGACAGCAAGGGAUGUUUGGGCAGAAAGGUGAUGAAGGUCCACGAGGCUUUCCUGGUCCUCCAGGACCCAUUGGUCUUCAGGGUCUUCCUGGCCCACCAGGCGAAAAAGGUGAAAAUGGUGAUGUCGGUCCAAUGGGUCCCCCUGGUCCCCCUGGCCCAAGAGGUCCCCAGGGUCCAAAUGGAGCUGAUGGUCCUCAAGGUCCACCAGGGUCAGUUGGUUCUGUUGGGGGUGUUGGUGAGAAAGGUGAACCUGGAGAAGCUGGUAAUCCUGGGCCUCCUGGAGAAGCUGGUACAGUUGGUCCAAAAGGGGAAAGGGGUGAAAAAGGUGAGGCUGGACCACCAGGGGCAGCUGGACCUCCUGGUAUUAAAGGACCUCCAGGUGAUGAUGGACCUAAGGGUAAUCCAGGUCCUGUUGGCUUCCCUGGUGACCCUGGUCCCCCUGGUGAACCUGGCCCUGCUGGGACUGAUGGCACAGGAGGGGAGAAAGGUGAAGAUGGUGAUCCAGGCCAACCUGGUCCACCAGGUCCUUCAGGUGAAGCAGGCCCUCCUGGUCCUCCUGGAAAGAGAGGGCCUCCAGGAGCAGCUGGUGCGGAAGGAAGGCAAGGCGAAAAGGGAGCAAAGGGGGAACCUGGUUCAGAAGGUGCUCCAGGGAAAACAGGCCCAGUUGGACCACAGGGCCCUGCAGGAAAACCUGGCCCAGAAGGACUCCGAGGCAUUCCUGGUCCUGUGGGAGAACAAGGUCUGCCUGGAGCACCAGGUCAGGAUGGCCCACCAGGACCCAUGGGUCCACCUGGUUUGCCUGGACUGAAAGGAGAUCCAGGUUCCAAGGGUGAAAAGGGACAUCCUGGUUUGAUUGGUCUGAUUGGACCUCCAGGGGAGCAGGGAGAAAAGGGUGACAGGGGUCUGCCUGGCUCACAGGGAUCCACUGGACCAAAAGGAGAUGCAGGAAUUUCUGGUCCUGCUGGUCCAAUUGGUCCUCCUGGGCCGCCAGGCUUACCUGGUCCUCAAGGUCCCAAGGGCUCUAAAGGUUCAACAGGUCCUGGUGGUCAGAAGGGUGAUGGUGGCUUACCUGGUCCCCCUGGGCCUCCUGGCCCUCCAGGUGAGGUUAUUCAACCUUUGCCGAUCCAGUCACCCAAAAAGACCAGAAGAUCUUCAGAUGCCAUGUUGUCUGAUGCAGCUGAUAGCAUCCUUGAUUACACUGAUGGCAUGGAAGAAAUCUUUGGCUCACUUAACUCUCUGAAGCAGGACAUUGAGCACAUGAAAUACCCAAUGGGUACUCAGAACAAUCCAGCCCGAACAUGCAAGGAUCUACAGCUCUGUCACCAGGACUUCCCAGAUGGAGAGUAUUGGAUUGAUCCUAACCAGGGUUGUUCUGGGGACUCUUUCAAAGUGUACUGUAAUUUCACAGCAGGCGGGCAAACUUGCAUAUAUCCAGAUAAGAAGUCAGAAGGAGUAAGGAUUUCAUCAUGGCCAAAGGAAAAUCCAGGAACCUGGUUUAGUGAAUUUAAGAGAGGCAAGCUGUUUUCUUAUGUGGAUGCUGAAGGCAAUUCCAUUAAUAUGGUCCAAAUGACAUUCCUUAAACUACUGAGUGCCUCCGCCCAACAGAACUUCACGUACAAUUGUCAUCAGUCAGUGGCAUGGCAUGAUGUGUCUUCUGACAGCUAUGACAAAGCACUGAGGUUCUUAGGCUCAAACGAUGAAGAGAUGUCUUAUGACAACAAUCCUUACAUCAAAGCUCUUCAAGAUGGCUGCUCAUCAAGAAAAGGCUAUGCAAAGACUGUUAUUGAAAUCAAUACCCCCAAAAUUGACCAACUGCCUAUUUUUGAUGUGAUGAUCAAUGACUUUGGUGAUCAGAAUCAGAAGUUUGGAUUUGAAGUUGGUCCAGUCUGCUUCCUGGGUUAAGCUUAGAGCAAAGAGAAGAUCCUCAAGAAAGAAAAAAUGCACCUUGGUGCUACCACCAAUCCACUUGAUGCCACAUGCAAGUUUUGAAUAAGGAUGGGAUAGAAAAUAUGUCUUGCCAUGUAAUGUCUUCUCUAGAAAACACCCAUUUCUCCUGUAGGGCCAGAAUCACAUGACUUAAACUCGUUUGGCAAAUUAUGAAGGAUCCUGUUGCACAGACAGGCAACACAGGGUUAAUUUUAUGAAUGUCCUUCACCACCCCAUCCCUCCCUUGAUUUUUUUUUUUUUUUUUGGUGCUGUAAAAUUGAGUGUCAUGGUGCUCCUUCUAUUACAACAUAAAAGGUGCUAAGAAGUUAUGUUUAAUAAACUGUAAUUAUGCUAUGUACAGUACAGUGCUGCCCUUUCCAUAUCCGUCUCUAAAACUUGCAUGUGUUCCUGAAUUGCAACUGGCUCUUACAUUAUAAUAAUUUCAAAAUUAUGUUGUCAAUACUGUGUAUGUAUUAUGAAAAAAAAAUAAAGUUGUAAUUUCCAGUGAGUCCAAUUCCAUAUUUUUUCUGAUUAAUAUUAUUAUUAUUAUUAAUAAAUCCCUCUGUAUAUAUUGAUGUUCAAGAGCUUUGGUAUUUGAAGUCACCAGGAAAACCUCAGGUGGCAAAACUGGAAACAGUUUAGUAGCACACUUCUCUGCUAUUACUGCUUUGUGAUAAGGAAUUCCAAUAAGGAGAGUACCAGCUGAGGUGCUGUUCCAUGGUGCUAUACCUCAAACUUUUUUCUUUUUCUUUUCUGAUGGCAGGACAUUUCAAGAAAUUAUAGACAUAUACAGAGAUACCUAAAACAAUCAAAUUUUACAUCUGGGAAUGGGAAAUAUAUGCAUGGUUAAAACUAAUGUGUAAAAGAUGUGAUGCAGGGCCCCUUCUGCUGUCUAGAGAGUAUGGGAGCUCUUGCACCAUAAGCUCUUCCUUUUCCUCUCUGGUAAUAUUGGAUGGGGCCAUGUGGAAAGAGUCCAUGCUGUGGCUCCUUCCCACACUAAUGUUGGUGCUUGCCCCAAAACCUGGAGCGAUGAUGGUAUGUGGAGGAGUUGCGACAGGAUCUCUUUUCAUAUGGGUGGAUUGUCAGAUGUUACCAGAUCUAUGUGGAGAGGCAUUCAUGCUCUGCUCAUCAUGUUCUAUAUGUAGUAUCAUAGGUAGUGGAGAAGGGACAGUGGGUGGGAACAGAGCCAGUAUGCAUGGCCCAUCCCAAGAUUGUUCACACCUUUUUGAAUGCCUGAAUUUUGUCACAUAGAUACUGAAACUGGAUUCUAAACAGUUAUUUAUGGAUUGUGCCAUAUCAAUUAUCUGAUGUAAUUAUGCCUGGUGUACUUAAAUUAUAUGAAAGCAGUCAAUGUUUCCUGCCCAGUACUGGACAUCGUUUGAUACAGUAAGUCUUAGAUUUUAUAUGUCCAUCCCAUCAAUAUGUUUUUUUUCUUCUCCUCCUGUAACUUCAAGGUGAAGCCGAAUGCCUUGAGUCACAAUCAAGAGAUAUUUGAGCACAAUGGAAACCUGCAUACCUGCUGCUGCCCUGUGUCUUUUAACAGGAGCUUGAUGAGCAGAUAUUAACAUGACCUUAAAAGCUUCACCUGAUGAUUUUUGCAGAAAAGCUGCACUAGUAGAUCAGGUCAAAUUGUUGCUUAUUUUCUGGCCAGUUGGCAAUCCACACUGGAUCUGCCACACUGAAUCUGCCACAUUGCUGGUGCAGAAGUCAGUACUGAUCAUCCUGUCACUGGUGUGCAGGCAGAGCAGGAGGAGGACCCCAUAUAUACAUCCCAAGUUCUAGAUAUGCAUUCCUAGAAUCUGUUUGCUCCCUCAGUAAAGGAGAUGCAGGAAUAGAAAUAUGGGUCUGCUCAUAAAUCCUGUUUGCUGGACUGUGGCAAAUAAGUCUAGGUCACGUGAUUCUACCUAGAUGCCAAGCAACCAAUGAGGAAGCUGCUAGUUAUAGAGCUUAUUUUCUGAACAGUCAUGAUUUGCAAUGCAUUUUUUUUCUAAAUGACUAAUUUGCCCUGGCCUCACCACACUUUUUUUUUCUCCAGGUAGUCAGAAUAGAUACUAAU